CAAUCCUCCGAAAGGGGAAAGUUGUGUUCCGAGCAGACAGUUCAGAGCAGUGCAUGCGAACUUUGUAGAAUUUCGAUGGUAAUUGAGUGACACACCGAAGAGUUAAGCAUGAGCUACGUAGCGGAGGAAAAGAUUAAACUCGCUGGCGAGGACUCCAAGGAUCGACUGUACGAAGCCAAGCAGAACCAGAAGGCGAUCCGCAUCCUAACGGUGGCCGCGUACGUUCUGUGCGUCUCACUGGUGGCCAUAAUGCUUUCGCUUUACUACAUAUUCCUGUGGGAUCCGAGCUCGAACCAAGCGAUAGCGAAAACCCAAACUGUUGACAACAUCGUCAUCCCGGACAAUCUAGCGAUUCAGCUGGCGAACCGAAGCGAAGUCCCAGCGGAACUGUUCUACACCAAUCUGUAUCGAAAUUUGAUUCACAGCAAGACUAUCAAGGCACGCAAAUCGGCCGCCAUCAACGAGUCGGCCAACCUGACGCGACUGAUCCAGGAGUAUCGACGACAGCAGCAGCAGCAGGAGCGAGACCAGAUGUCGUCGAGAGAGGAAAAGUACUCCAUAUUGCAGUCGUUGGACGAAUCGACACCGGCUGGCACUGAAUUCCAGCCCGGCGCGUCCGAAGUGAUGAUGGCCGACGGCGAGGACGAAGGAGGCGACGAUUACGAACAGAGUGGCAACUACGGACUGUACUCGAACCACACGACGAUCCAGCUCGAUCCGGAUGAACUGCAGCAGUAGUCGUCGUCGUCGUCGUCGAGGUCGCUGGCUGUUGAGGAGCUCUUUUGUUGUUUCCCUCCAAACGACUACUUUCUCGUGCACAACACAGAAUUGUGGAAUGAAAAUUCUUUUUACGAUUGAUGGAACAAAAAUGUGGCCUAAAUUUGGAAUCUUACCCUUACACGCCCCGAUGGGGGGCGGACCAACCAAUAAGAAGAAAAAACAACAUAUGCUUUAAAAGAAAUUUCCUAACAUUUUACUAACGUAGACAGAGAAAAUUACGUACUUUUAAGCUUGAUUGUCUCACGGUUACUAACACGAAUACGUCACGUAUUUUUUUGUUAAAUUUGAAAGUUUUUAUUCCCACACACACACACGUCGUUGGUUCCAACCGCGGACACACAGUUUAUUGUGAUGAAGUUUUAACAUUUUCUGAUUUUCAAAGCAUAGGAAAAUCUUUGUAAUGUAAAUGAAGACCAAGAUAAAAUCUUAAAGUUAGAAGUGUGUGGGGUGAAAGGAGAUCUUACCGAUUCACACAAACACAUUACAAACACUAGUUGAAGAGCGAAAAUCUACCGUUCGUUACGUUUAUGUGCAAAUUAAAAAUAUGAUAAUAAAGAUUUUAA